CCCUCAUUUUCGUCAAAAUCAAGAUCCAUAAAACCCUAGUUCCUUCUCAUCGAUUUUUCCUCCAUUUCCUCUUGUUCUUGGAGCAGAGUGAGGGGCUUGCUGCGAUCAAUCCUUCUCUAUGUCUCAGGUGGAUAAUCGAAACUCUUCAGCUGGGAAGCGUGCCAGGACUGAUGGGGGGCGCCGAGAAGAUGAUUGGACCUGCCCCAGUUGUGGCAAUGUCAAUUUCUCAUUCAGAACUACAUGCAAUAUGCGUAAUUGUACUCAACCAAGGCCUGCAGAUCAUAACUCAAAAUCUGCCCUGAAGCCGAUGCAAGUACAUCUACCUUAUACAUCAGCGGGUGGUUAUAUGGGUUCUAUUCCUCCAACUUCAAUGUACCUAGGUGGCCCUCCAUACGGUUCUUCUCUUUUCAGUGGUUCACCCCUUCCACCUUAUGAUAUGCCGUACUCCAGUGGCUCUGCUUACCCUUAUGAUUAUAGCAGUCGGCUUUCUGUCAGUAGCCCAUAUGGAUCAAUUCAUAUGUCUGGACCUCCCUAUUCCAGUGGACCGAUGUUAGGGACAGGUGGUAUGUAUGGUAUGCCUCCACCACUAAUGGAAAGAUAUGGAUUGGGUUUACCCAUGGGACAUGGACCCCUGGGGGUCAGGCCUGGAGCAUUUCCUGAAGAGAGUUCCCAGAAGAAGAUAGCAGAUUCAGGGCGUGAUAAUGAUUGGACAUGUCCAAAUUGUGGCAACAAUAACUUCUCCUUUAGAACUGUCUGUAAUAUGAGAAAGUGCAGCACUCCGCGGCCCGGAAGCCAGGGUUCAAAAGCAGAUAAUUCUAAAGGUUCAAAGCCUAACAUGCCGGAGGGCAGUUGGAAAUGUGAGAAGUGCAACAACAUAAACUUCCCCUUCAGGAUGAAGUGUAAUAGGCAGAACUGUGGUGCACAAAGACCACAUGACUCAAAUGCAACUCAUGGACUGACAUCUGAUGAGGAUGAUCAGUGAGUUCUAGAACAUCUUUGAGGGUUGAGACGGUCCAGAGUCAUCAUCGGCGUCGCACAAUGUGAAAUGUCUGAAGGGUCAGUCUAGUGUUGUGUUGUUGCCGCUGUCAAGUUACUCAACCCGCUUUCAAUCUGAGUUGAGUCAUUAAAUGUCUGCAACCAGUCUAUGUCAUUUGGUCUUCAGGGUUAUCAUGUUUUGGCCUGUCAACUUCUGGGGAUAUUCGCAGGUUGGUUCUCUUUGGUUACUUCUGCUGUCAAACUAUGUCUGUUGGACAAAAAUGUUUGUGUUGCUAGUUGGUUCUUAGAUACUUGUGUGGUUUAUACUGAUUGUAGUUUAUUGAUGGAUCCUUCCUAGGGACUUGCCAUCCUAUAUGUUCCCUGUUUAAAUUUUGUGCUGUGUAGUUCACUCAUUGGUAUGUGGUCACUGAUUGUGUUUUGGGUUCUAUGCUUUCAUUAAUUGGAAGCAUAUUUGAGCCUUUGAAUGUUGGUCUUAAGAAAAUUCUGGUCUGCCAUAAAAUAGUCGCAAAGGCUAAUUACAAGUUGUGGUCAAUCAUAGUCUUGUGAAAGUUUAUUUUUGUUUAGA